UUUUGAUGUGCACAUGUGACACAAUGAUGUGAGGAUUGAACAAAUAGUUUUGUGAAUUUCAGUUCUGAUCUGAGAAAUGUACCAAAGUGACUGAGAAAAACUGUAAUUCUACUUUUUUUUUUUUUUCCAUUGAGCUGAUGGGGAUCAAUCAAGUUCAUCUGUAUCUGUAUCUGUAAGAGCAACUACUACUCAUUUAGUUUGCUUUUAAUUUGAUUUUAAGAGAGUUUGGGUGCAACACUUUAAUCCUUUUGAGAAAUAUAUUUUAUGAUGACCCUGAUGAAGCUCACGGGUUGAAAAAAUGCUCGUUCGUAAUUAAAAUUCUUCCAUGAACUACAAUUGUUGCUGGAGUUUUUACUUAUUUCAGUUUUUUCCUUCACACUGCUUCUCACCGAAACUCAUCUUUUGUUAAUAAGAUCGUUUCAGUAUUUCCCAAGGUUGGAUGAUUACUGUUGUUUUUGCACAUCUGAAUACACUACGGUGAAUUAUUUGUAUCAUUAUAAUUCAUUCCUUCAGUGUGACUUCAUUAAAUCUCUCUAUUUUCUUCAUCCAGUCCAUUUCCUUUCAUUUUGCCCGUAGUGUCUGCGGCCUCUGCUUCCCUCUCAUAUCUCCUCUGGCUGAUUUCACUCCUCCAUCAUCACUACUCCGCUGCCUCCCCUCCCUUGUGUCCACUCCCUAACGUCUGCUAGAGCCUCAGCGCUGCGUUUCGCUUCUCUGCUUUCACCCGGUCAUGAACGCCAAACCCUCAGUGGAAGGACACACCGGUCUGGUGAAGAAUGGAGAGGCUCAAGAGAUCCCCCCUCUGAGGAACUACCUCUGUCUCACCAUGUUCACCUGUUUCUGCCCGGCCUGGCCCAUCAACAUAGUGGCACUGGUUUUCUCUGUGAUGGCCCAGCGGAGCUACGAUGAGGAGGACUACGACGGGUCUCAGCGCCUCGGACGGAAAGCCCUCCACCUGGGGGUAGUUUCAUUUGUCAUCGGCCUUGUGAUCAUCACCGCAUACACUGUUGUUCACUUUACCACGCAUGUGAUCUGACAGUUUGGAGAUGAGAAGAGGAAGGCGCUGCAGCGGAUUAUAUGACAUUACAUUCAGUAUUUUUUAAGUUUUUUGUAACUGUAAGGUCUGUAUUCAGGACCUGACUGGUGCUUUUAAUGAUAAAAAAGAUACUUUCUUGGGGCAUUUUACAUGUAUAUUUGUGUCAUUCCUGAAAAGUCACUACGCAUGAUAACAUUCAGGAAAUAUUUUGACAUAUUGCUUUACUUUUCUUGUUGAAUAAAAAAUGGAAAACAGACUAAAACUG